CGUAUAACUGAGAGGCGAUCCAGUUCAGUGGAUUCAGUUCACACGUUUGCUCGGAUCUGCACACGUCGAAGACACCUCCGAACCACAGUAUGUCUCUGCAUGAAAACUCAGUGGACAGGCUGCUUGUGGAGUCACAGUCAAGUGAAACUGACAAACACAAAAAAGCCCACAGACUGUAUCCAUCACUGCCAAACGCAGACAGGUAUGAGUUUUGGUGGCCGGGCUUCAACACUGGAGAAGAACCUCACCCAUCUGCAAAGCUGGAAAACACACAGUCAGAAGGCUCCUCUCACAAAAGUGAUGUCAACAUGAAAAAACAGAUUCUUAUCUUAGAAGAGCAAAAGAACGAGCUUCUUUCUAUUAAUGAGAAAUGGGCAAAAGAGUACCGAACCAUGGUGCAUUAUUACAAAGAGAAGGUUGAAGAAUUAAAAGCAUUGCAGCAGUGCAAUCACUUUGAAGAGGAAAAAAGAAAGCACGUCACAUUAAAUCAACUCAAGCUUAAGGUGAUCAAAGUGGAAGAGAGCACACAGAUGGCAGCGGAUGAUGCCAGCUCCAAGUCGCUCAAAGCGGAGAAAGACGUAAAAGAGCUGCGAGCACAGAACAGCGCCCUGACCCGCAAAGGGCAGCAUCAGCGCGAGGAGAUCAGACGACUGAACAAGGCCUUAGAGGAGGCACUUCAGGCCUCUCAGCCUCUUGGAGUGGACAGCGAAGAGCUAGACAUGUGGAAGCAUCAGGCUGAAGUGUAUAAGGAAGACUUUCUGAAGGAGCGCAGAGACCGGGAGAAGCUAAAGGAGAAGUAUCUGGAACUAGAGAAGAAGUAUAUCAAAGUUCACAAUCAGCUGCAUAUUCGCAGAUCUGAGAAGACAUGGACUCAGCAACUGCAUCCGGUGCUUAACUGUGCCUGUGCAAAUCAAGCCAAAUAUCCUCACUCGGAUGGUCGCCCUGUUAACCAGCACCAACAGAGGCAGUACACUCUUGAUAAAAAGCAGUGAAGCUCAAGCAACUCCUCAGUCUUUUUGGGAAAGUGUGGACUUUAUGGAAGUUUUUCCAAUAGCCACCAGCAGGGUGAGGAAGUGAGCUCUGCUCUAUUUAACUCCUCAGCUGAUCCUGGUUGCAAUGAGGACACACCAUCAGUCUGGGUCCAUUAGGAGACCUAUGUGGAGAAAUAGAGGAAGCAAAUACACAACUAUAGUACUAUAUGCCUUCCAAGAGGAGAAAGGCAGUGAAGAGUAAAAUGAAACUGUCAAGACAGGGUGAUUAUACCUUGCGAGUGAUGCAGGUCCCUUAGGAGAUACUCAUUGCACUAACAAAACACUACUGAAAUGGCUCAUACUGAUCAAAGGUGCAAAAAGAAGAGGGAUUUUCCUGUGUUUAGUAUGUAUAAACACCCUGUGCUGCACUACGCUGUAGAAACCUCUUAUAAAAGCAGACUCUUGCCCCAGUGUUGGGACUGAACCUCACACACAAACUGGCUCACCUCUGUAAAGAUGGAAAGAAACUCGGGCUAUGCUGUGAUUAUAAAGACUAGUGUUUUUCUGACUUACUAUACACUAUAUUAUGUUGGUGGUGUGCAGGCACUUUUAGGACAGCAGGAAUCUCUGUCAGAGUAUUGCAUGUGAUUUUUGGAGAGGAUUUCUAGGAACAUCCCUUCAUUCACACCUGAAACCUAUAAGAGAUAGGAGAUGGAAAUUGGAGAAGAAAAGUUUAAUGAUAUAGCUAUAUAUAUUCAUUUAUAUAAAACAGUAUAUUUAUGUAUGUUUGACAAUAUU